AUGCCAGCCAUGAUCAUCUCGUCUCCAUCCUCUGCAAGCUUCCAGGCCGGGGCUUGUUCCCCUACCCACAACAGUCUUUUCCCCUCGACUGCUGCAUCCACCAGUAGCAAUUACUACAAUAAUUCUCCCUCACCAUUCGCCGCCCCUGCCGCCGUUGCCAAUUCAGCCUCGUCCCCUGCUUUUCGUCCGCAUCGUCACUCACUUCUGUCGCACAGCGUAGAGGAAUUACGCGCUGCGCUGAAAAAUCACACUGUAGCCGCUCCCGCCGCCUCCGCCGCCUCGCAGGAUCCCGCGUCGGUGCCCUCAGGGGAUCAUUCUCGCGGCUGCAUGUCCGCUGGACCAGACACCCUUGGGGGCGACUCCUGCCAGUCGUUGACUAAUAAUGUCAGCAGUAAUGCGACAAAUGUCACAACUCAGCCUCAAACCCAACAACCGCCAAAGGCUGUCCCUGUACCUACGGUGCCGAGCACUGCCAAUGCAACUAGUGCCCAGACAAACGUGACUGCCAUAUCGCCGUCAGACGUGAAAGGAAAACGUCAACUGGCCGAGACCACAGAACAACCCUUCGCGAGCACUGCCAAUGAGACAGACAAUUCACAGCAUGCAGGAGAAUCAGAACAGAGUCGCUUGAAGCGAUUACGGCCGCCGGUGCCGGCUGUCAAACUGUUACCUCGACAAUAUGAAUUAGUACACCCGAAUGAUCUCGUGAUCUUGAUUUCGAGCAUGAUUAUGGAGCUGAUUCAGUACAACGACACCAUCCCAUUGCAAGGUGGCCGAUUGACUCGUUUCCACUCACGAACCCCACCCAAAAUCUCAGUGCGCGACUAUCUACAACGUUUAACGACACAUGCAACAUUAUCGCCUCCGAUUUUGCUGAGUAUGGUUUACUAUAUCGACCGCCUAUGUGCUUUAUACCCUGCUUUUACUGUUUCGAGUCUAACAGUCCAUCGAUUCCUAAUAACGAGUGCGACAGUGGCCAGCAAAGGUCUCAGCGAUAGUUUCUGGACCAACAGGACGUAUGCUCGGGUGGGCGGUAUUACAAUCACCGAAUUAGCAAUGCUCGAGCUGGAUUUCUUGUGGCGCGUGGAAUGGAAAAUUGUCCCGCAGCCUGAAGUGCUAGUUGAUUAUUAUUUGAGUCUUGUCGAGCGAUGCGAAGGAUACGCUCUGGAGCCGGAGGAGUCGAGUUCGAGCAUGGAAGGAUUAGACAUCAUGAAAUCAUCUAAUCAUGAAGACGGGCCAAAGAUAACGCCGCUUAAGGGAAAUAUAGUAUCCAUCCCUACUGUCCAGGAAACAAAUCCUACAUUCGAAUUCGGCGACGCAUACGCCGUCGAAAUAAUACAAAAAUGUGCCUCGCAAGUCACCAAAGUCCUCGAUAAAGCAUUCCCCAAAGAUCUGAGUCUCCCAUCUACGCAUUUGCGCAGAUUUGUGAAAUGGGAAUUUUUGCCGGAUGCAGUCAAGGCUCGGAUUGAGGGAGAGAAGGAGCGGAGUUUAGUCUCAGUUUCAACUGGACACAAGGAGGAUGGCGUUGAAGUAUCAGAACAAAUCGUACCACCAGUGACGAUGUUCGUUCUGAUACCGCCUCCGUUACCGGAUGUGGAUCAACUGAGAACUUUAUUAGAGCCAUUUGUGGCUUCUCAUAUCGAACAGCCUCCAUCAGCAAAUCAACCAAACGGUGAGGCCCAGGAAAUAUCAUCAUUCCCCAUCCACCGCAUAACAAUCCCGCUCCAACCCCCCUUCAACACUCACCAAGCACAAACAUGGUCCAGAACAUACUGGCCCACAAACUUCAACGCCGCAGCUCCACGAGGCAUGAUUGCGCCUCCACCAAAGAUAUUAGGUGCUACGAAGACGAGUAUUGCGCCUAGAGCAGGGUAUUAUUUAUCUCUAGCUGGAGAGGUUGCUCGAGAAGCGAAACGGGCGGGUAGAGGGAGGGGGGUUGGGGUUGUUAUUGUUGAUCCUGCGAUUGUGGCUAGUUCGCAUGAUAACCCUGAAAGGGGUGGGGAGGAGCAAGGGGACAAUGGUGUUGUAGCUGUUGCAGGAGAUGCGAGGUAUUGCGCGCCUGGCAUCGUGGCAAAGGAGAAUUUAGGGGAUGGAUAUGAGGCUGAUUGUGAGGGUGGACCGGAGUUUCAUGCUAUCAUGCGAGCGGUUGAGAUGGUUGCUACGAGACGGAGGGAUGAUAAAUCUAUCACGACGACGGAUUCGAGUGCAAUGAUACGCAAGACAUCGCUUACGUCGUUGGAGUCGUAUUAUUUAUGUCGUCCCGCGUCAUCGACAUCAUUUCCUCUUUCAUCCACAUCAACGGAGACAGUCACUACAGCACACACAGGCCAAAACGCAAACAGAAUCCUCCCCCGUGCUGCAGGUGGAUAUCUCUGCACAGACCUGGAUAUAUACAUCACACACGAACCAUGUCUAGCAUGCUCAAUGGGUAUGCUCCUAUCGCGGUUUCGAGCAAUCACAUUUCCGAGACGAGGGAGACUGGUCGCGGGGGGUUUGGCUUCGAUGGAGAUUCCGCAAGUGACCACGGAAAAUCAAGAUCAUUCUGCAGAUGUUCUUGCCACUCAGAAACAGAAUGAGGCUGGUAAUAAUGUUGAGGGGAAGCCGACACAGAAGAGGGAGACGUAUUACGGACUGCAUUGGAGGAAAGAGUUGAAUUGGAGGGCGAUGUGUUUUGAGUUUGUGGAUGAUGAAAGUGAUGAUUUAGAUUAUGGGAAGGAUGGUAUAGAAGGGAUUGGGAAUUAUCAUGCUUGA